AUGCGGUCUAUUUGGAAUGUCGUCGACAAGCUGUCGGACGAGACCAUGGCCAAGGUUGAUGCGUACAUGAGCCAGAAGAUCGCCGCGGGCAAGAACAACGGCUGCACACUGGAGAACGCGGGAGUACGGAGAGAGUGGGGCGACAUGACCAUCGAACAACGAUCCGACUUCAUCAACGCCACGCUCUGCCUGAUGAAGGCGCCAUCCAAGGCGCCCAAGAGCCAGUUCCCAGGAGCUCGGACCCGGUACGACGAUUUCAUGGCCUAUCACCUGACGAAUGCCGGUUCUCUGCACGACACGAUUGGCUUGUUCCCUGCCCACAAGUAUUUCUUGCUUGCGUAUGAGACGGCUCUUCGUAACGAGUGUGGCUAUAAGGGAUAUCACCCGUACAUGAACUACGACCGCUACACCAAAGAUCCAAAGAAUUCAGCCCUCUUCAACGGCAACGCGACAAGUAUGGGUGGCAACGGCUUGCCGGACCCCAAGUACACCGGCCUUCGCACCGGUACCGGAACGAUCAAACCGGGCGGCGGAGGUGGAUGCGUUGUUGACGGCCCCUUCACAGAGUACACAGCCAACAUCGGUCCCGGCGCCCCCGUCAUGAACAACGUGCCCAGAAACCCAAUCUCCAACGGCACCGGGUACAACCCUCGCUGCAUGCGCCGCGACAUCAGCGUCGACGCGGCCCUCGGCGCCACGGCAGACCGCGCGUACAACCUCCUCACCAAGUCCAAGGACAUCAACACCUUCUACAACACCUUGCUCACACCACCCCGGAACGUGAGCGAUCCGUACAACUUUGGGAUCCACACAGCUGGUCAUUACAUAUCGGGGGGAGACCCCGGUGGCGAUCCGAUGGUUUCACCUGGGGACCCAAUCUUUUAUUUUCAUCACGCGUCGCUGGAUAGGUUGUGGUGGAUUUGGCAGAUGAUGGAUCCGGAGAAGAGGGUUAAUGCGCAGGUGACGCUUGGUGGGAGGGAUGCUGCGACGAGGAAGCUUGAUUUGAAGUGGCUUGCGCCUGAUGUGAUUCCUGUUAUUGAGGCGCAUGAUGGGCUUGGGGGGUUUGGGGGGUUGUUUUGUCAUGUAUAUGUAUAA